CUAAAACUUCGUCCGCGGUCUAAGUUUUCGUCCGCGGUCUAAAGCAUAACCGGCGAGGACUGACCUACGUCGUCCGACGCGGAAUAUUCGUAAUCUUGCAAAGGCCCACAUGCUUCUUCGGUCUAGGUUAAGAUGGGGAAGCAUUCCGUACGAAGCAGUUGAGUUACUCUCUACAGAGCAUAUAGUCAACUGUACCCAAAAUCCCGUGUUUUUCGAUCAUAUCCCUUGACAUGAUGCCUUCUACCCCCUUCACCAUCGACAUACGGCAAGGACCAGAUGCAAAGCGCGAGACUAAAGACCUCGAAGCGGCAUUCGCACGUCGGUCGAUGAUGUUGGUCCGACGCCUGCUAGGCGAAGAUGGCCUGAUUGACCUCCUUCGCGACGAAACGGCCGCUAGCACCAAAUUCUGGAGGAAGGUCUCUGCCGACUCAAAUGGGGAGUGGAAGGCAGCGCGCAUCGUACUCUCUCCACGAGGGCUCACCUCAAGGGACUUCAUCAACUGGUUCCUUCCCACAGAAGGCGGCAUGCUGCCAGAGCAGGAAAAGCUUGCUGCUCACCCUGAACAUUGGGUCGUUCGCCCUGGAACAGAGCCAGGGACAAUGACCGUGUUGGAAACUUUAGGCGAGAAGCCAACUCUGUUUUCGCUUAGCUUCGAUGUGGUCCGUGCCGAUUUUGUUGAAGACGACCCGACCUUUACCACCAAAAUGACUGGCCGAGGCUUUAUUGAAGGAGGUAUCCAAAUCAUAGAGCUGUACCACCAGUUCAAGGACCACGCAGACGGUCAAGGCUUCGAUGUCGACCUUGCGAUCUAUUUCCCGGCGGCUUGCGGUGAGGAUGUUGUUGAGUGCCAUCGCCAGCAUUUGCUUGUCGAGUUCAGCAACUGGUCCAAACAAGCCUAUGAGGCUUUAAAGUUGGUAUAAACGAGUUCAAGGGUUGAUGUUGGAUGGGUGUCUAUUUCAGGAAACAUCAAGGUAGAAGGCA